UUUGCUGGCAGUGUUACCAGAUCCCUUCCGCUGAUGGAGUGUGAGGUACAUUCAGCGCUUCGCUUACACACAGCGAAGCUAGACACAGAAGAAAUCGAGCCCCUUGGCAGUCGUAUUAAUUACCCUCUUCAGGAAACAUGAAGAAAGCUACAUCUGUCAAAGAGCUGAACGCGGUGAUAUUGGGAUCAAAAAGCUCCCAUAAGUAUCUGGUUGGAAACAUCAUCCUGGGAACCGACGCGUUUGAUGCAGUAGAUUCAACUUUUGAUUGUGAAAGGCGAGAGGGAGAGGUAUGCGAGCGGAGCGUCACGCUGGUGAAGUCCCCUGGAUGGCUCCGGGGAUAUCACCUCUGUGAUACGCCCGAACUUGUCAGGACGGAGACGAUUCUCAGCGUCACCCUGUGUCCGCCCGGAAUUCAUGGUUUCAUCCUCGUUAUUAAUGCCGAGCAACCAUUCAAAAAGGUACACAAGAAGGUAACCAAGGACUACUUGCAGCAUUAUUUUGGUGAGAAGGUGUGGCACCACACUAUAGUGGUCUUCAGCCACAGGGGCCACCUGGGCUACAAGACCAUCGAGGAUUACAUACGUGGGGAAGGGGCACCACUGCGGUCGCUCCUGGAGUCCUGUGGUCACAGAUACCAUGUUCUCGGCGACAAUGGCACAGACAGCAACAUGGUGAAGGUCAAUGAGCUGUUUGAGAAGAUUGACGCCAUGGUGGCCGAAAACAGCUGUUACGAGAUCCUGAGCGCGCUGACGCAGAGUGCGAAGGAGGGGAGGAAGGAAGUGGACCAAAAGGCCGAGGAGUUGCGCCAGCAGGCGCAACAACAGAGGCAACUGCUCGGAAAUCUCCUGUUAGAGCCAAAACCCAGCCUGAGAGUCUUGAUGGUCGGCUGGGUGUUCUCCGGCAAGAGUGCCACUGGGAACAGGAUCUUGAGAGCUGAAGUGUUUCAGUCUGGUGACAGAACCAUGAAGGUUUUACGGCAAAGUGGCGAGGUGAAUGGGAGAGAGGUCGUCAUCGUGGACACUCCUGGAUGGUGGAAGUUCUUCCCGGCGGUCUUCACCCCUGCUGCUCUGAAGUCCGAGAUUCUGAGUGCCUUGUCUCGGUGCUCGCCAUCUCCAAAUGUCAUUUUGCUGGCGGUGCCACUUGACACGGCGUUCACCGAGGAACAAAGAAGAGUCACCGAGGACAACAUGCGGCUGCUUGGGAAGAGAGCGUGGAGACAUGUCAUCGUGCUGUUUACGAACGGGGACGUCUUGGUGAGGAAGACUAUUGAGCAACACAUUGAAAGUGAAGGAAAGCCUCUCCGUUGGCUUAUUGAGAAAUGUGAAAAGAGGUACCACGUCCUUGACAACAAGAGCACAGACGAUGGUCAGGUAACAGCGCUGCUGGAGAGGAUGGAGGAGAUGGUGGCGGGAAACAGCUGUUUUUACCUCAGCGAAACAAAUGAUCCACAACCCGGGAGAGAGGGAGGUGACGGAUUAGCUGAGAACAAAGAUGAGAACAGAGUCAAGGAGAUCACAGAGCAGCUCAACAUCGAGUGGAAUCGAAGGAACUGGGAAAAAUACCACAUCUUCAAAGGAGAUGUCAGUAUGGACAUACGACCAACCUUUAAUGAAGACAGGCAGAAGUCUGAGGCGUCAGCAGGAGAAAAAGAAGAAGAUGAAGAAGCCCAUGAAGAUGACCAGUUUAAAACCAGGCUUGAAGUUGAAAGUGACGAGGAUGCGGGUUCUGGCUCUCUGAAGAUAAUGAAGGGACUGCUGGAAAGAGAGUGGAGCAGACGAGAGGCGUCGAUGGAGCAUUUCCACGAGCUCGUUGCAGACAAGGAAGUCAGCUCCGAACCAGAUCUGGAUCAGCUGCGGAAAUCGAGGGAUAAAGUGCUAUUGUGGCUGGAAACCCAACACACAACAUCAGGCUGCAAGUCCGAGAAAGAGAAUCAGCGCGGAAAAAGAAGACCCGCUCUUCAGCCUAAGAACCCGGCUGGAAGUGCGGCAAUGAGGAGGAAGAAAUGCUCUAACAAUUACUGAAAUUAUUGAAAUGAACCUACACGUGUCGUUAAUAUGCUCAUGCCUCUUACUAAGAGAAUAAGGCUCAUAUAGAAAAUACUUUAACACAUGCAACACGAUAUUAUAGCACAGAAACCUAAUAUCAUGCAGUGUGAAAUGAAGGAAAAAAUCGAAUGAAUAUGAAUAUUUAAUGAUACAAACAAAAGGGUCCGGAGCGGUGUCGAAGUUCCUGUUGAUGCCUUGUGAUGUGUGAGAGAUAACUGACUCACGGAACUUAAUUCAGCCGACCAUGUCUGGUAGACAUUCAGGGCUUUUAUCAGGAUGCUUCCCACUUCUGUCGUGAAAAUCGCUAAACUACAAACCGCAACACGUUGCAGGGGGAAAUCAUCCAGGGCUGAUUUUUAACAGAUGUGCAGAUUAUUGUUAUCAGCCAGCACCUGCAAAGACUUAAAGGAUACGGGUUUGGGUGUGUCUCCUGAUGAUCGCCCUGCUGAAUUAGAACUGCAACUUUAGAACUGGGAUAGAGGAACUAUCUGUCUAGAGGCUCUAAGAAAAUAAUAAUAUGGCCCCAGUCUACCACCAAGUUACUUAACACAAAGUAUUGGAAGGAAAGGGAUAGGUGCAAAAACAUAUAUACGUAUAUAUAUAUAUAAUGUAUUUUAAUGUCAAAUUAGACCCGAUGCAUACCCUGUUGAUGACUGCAUAUGAAGAUGCCUGACACAUCUUCACUUUAUAAAAUGAUGUCACCAUGCACUUUUUUAUUUAUUUUUAAUUUUUAUUUUUUUUACAUAAUUUGGUGCCAGAGUGGAGCCACGUUAUCAAAGUGCAAAAAUUUACAGAAACCAUAUUUGGGAAAACUUUAUUUGCCGUAUACCGUGAUUGUUUAGUUUGGCCACGUCCCAUCCGCUAAUAUGGAGGGGGGCGGGUUUUAUGGCCUGUACUGCAGCCAGGGGGCGGUCAAGUUGUUUUAGCUUGACUUUUGGGGAGCCCUCAUGUCAUCCAUCUCUAUAUACAGCCAUUCCUUAUUAGGACAGCAAUCCUUGAGGGUAUUUUGUCAAAUUUGGCACCAAAGUCCUCUUUUUUAUUUUAUUUAUUAGAGCUUUGAUGAUCAAUGGACAGGUUGGCUUGAAGAAUAAAUGCACUAUUUUUUUCCAGCUUCUCAGUUAAUUUGUCAAUUUUAUCAAAUUGUCAUAACAUAUUAUAUCCAAAGGACCCAAAUCAAAUUCUGCUUGGGGCCCCGUAUAGGCUUGGGCCGCCUCGGAUUGGGAUAUUGUGAUUGUGAUUUCCUGUAACUUUACUGAUCAUGAAGCUGUGAUUGUAGUUAUCAUAUGUAUGUCUGUGUCCAAGGUUCUAUUGUUUGGUGUUUGACUGCAAAAUGAGCAGCAAGGCUGUCAUCAUUAAGCAUGUUAAGAAAUACAAUAAAGUAAAUGCAGUAAA